CGACUGCCCGUCCUCGUAAAUUCGGGGCACCGAUUAGGGGAGCUUCAGCUCGCUCAACCGCGCUUGCGGAAUCUUGCUUCCAGAUUAUUUCGAGAUUCUUAUUUUUCUUCUUCUCCUCUUUUUUUCUUCCGUCUCAUCUCAAGUGUGAACUAUUUUUCACUUUUUUUUUUCCUUUUCGUGUGCCGUUUUGACCUUCGCGAAUGCGAAAAUGCGUUAACGCGAAAGUAUAUCCAUGGAAGAGGCACACGGAGGCGGUAUGUCUUCCGCGACGCUUUCAUCCGUCUUGUUCCUUCUACUUUUCAGUCGUGCCGCGAAUGCUCAGAGAAGUUUAGAAUUUUUCGAUCUUCUACCCGAAGAUCCUAAAUUGUACGACAAAAUGCGCCCUCCUAAGAAAGAUGGCCAAGCAACUGUCGUGUAUUUUCAUGUUACUGUGAUGGGACUCGAUUCCAUCGAUGAAAAUUCAAUGACGUAUGCCGCCGACAUUUUCUUUGCCCAAACGUGGAAGGAUAAUAGACUCCGAUUACCAGAAAAUAUGACGUCCGAGUAUAGAUUAUUAGAAGUCGAUUGGCUGAAAAAUAUGUGGCGGCCGGAUUCCUUCUUCAAGAACGCAAAGUCGGUGACUUUUCAAACAAUGACGAUACCGAAUCAUUAUCUAUGGUUGUAUAAGGAUAAAACUAUUCUCUACAUGGUGAAGCUGACUUUAAAACUCUCUUGCGCUAUGAAUUUUUUGAUUUAUCCUCACGAUACACAAGAAUGUAAACUGCAAAUGGAAAGUUUAUCGCAUACGACGGACGAAAUGAUUUUCCAGUGGGACCCCGAUGUCCCUCUCGUUGUAGAUGAAAAUAUCGAGCUGCCUCAACUACAACUUGUUAAAAAUUAUACAGCCGACUGCACGCAGGUUUAUUCCACUGGUAACUUUACUUGCCUCGAAGUCGUAUUCGUGCUGAAGCGACGUCUCGGCUAUUACUUGUUUCACACCUACGUGCCAACGUGCUUGAUCGUCAUCAUGUCGUGGGUAUCGUUUUGGAUAAAACCCGAGGCCGCACCCGCCCGAGUCACCCUGGGAGUCACCUCGUUACUCACCCUCUCCACGCAGCACGCCAAGAGUCAGGCCUCUUUACCGCCCGUUUCGUAUCUGAAGGCCGUCGACGCCUUCAUGUCGGUCUGCACAGUGUUCGUGUUUAUGGCGUUGAUGGAGUAUUGUCUGGUGAACAUCGUCCUCGGUGACUCGGAUGCGCCCACAGCGAAACCGGCGCCUCCGCCACCGCCGCCGUGCACGAGCACCGCAGAUUCGGCCAAGUUUGACAAGAUCUUCGACAUUGCUGCCAAGGAAAACGCAAUGUUGUUAUCCUGCCGAUCGCAGAAAUCGCCGACUCUACCGCCACCCGGACCCACCCCAGCUCAAAGGGCGCGAAUGCGAGCGUUGAACAUCGACCGAUUCUCGCGCUUCUUCUUCCCUUUUCUGUUCGCCGUGCUGAACAUCACCUAUUGGAUAAUGUUCGCCGAAUAUAUUUAGACAGUAACGUGUCGGGAACACUGACCGCGGAAACAUCGCACUUCAAGAGAAACACGAACAAGGGGACGAGCUCUCUGCGAGAAAUUACCCGAAAAAUCGAAACACGUUGGAAGAGAUGAAGAGCAGUAGGAUUUUUCGGAAAAAAAAUUUGCCUCUGCAAUAAAUUUAUAUUAUAGACGAAAACGGCGGGAGUUUCGCGACUAGUAAAAUUCUAAUGGCAGAGCUGGAGAUCGAAGAUACAAUCGACGCGAGUAACAAUAAAAUUUAGCGAUGGAUAACGGUGUAUGACAAAAACGCAGAAACGCUUAAUCAUUUUAGAACGUUGCUCUUCUGAAACUUCGAUCUUUCUCUUAUCGUUUCUUAAAAUAGAUAAAGAGUUUUACUUGCCCGUUAUCACGGCACACUCGCAAACUGUUCUCUCUGACUGCUCACUUUUUUCGUCUGCUCGACAACGAUUGUCCGACAUGUAACAGAUACUGCAGGAAUAAUUACGAUUCAUGAUGAGCCAUGCAUAAUUUUUACUGCUACGCGUUUAAAAGCGAAUUUACUUUCUUCUCUUCAAUCGCCAGUUAAAUAACUAAUUAAUCGUCGUGAAUUUUACUUCAUGGAAAAGAUAUCCUUGUUUAUUCGUAAAACUUAUAAUAUUCGUAAAACUUCCCCGAGAAUAAAUAAGAGAUUUCGCCUAAAUAGAACAGAAUGAUCAAUUGAACUAUAAGAUUGCAUAAUUAUUAAUUCUAAUGAAUUUAGAAAAUAAUAAUAUGUUUAUUUAGCUUCACAUAUUACUUUGUUCAUUAUAUCAAACUCACAGUUCCAAAGCCAAAUAUAGAAAAUUCAUAGAAUUAUCGAUCAUUCAUUACAAUCUUACAUUGUUUCUUGUACGAAACAAUAUCUCGAAAUCUAUGAUUUAUAAAUAUUAUUGAAGCGCAAUCAACUAAUCUUUCUAUUAUCAAAUCUUAUUAUAAUUAACAAUAAAUGUUUCUUGACAUAAGUCUGUAUCGUACGAUUGUACCAUUAAAAAUAUGUCUAAUAAAGAGCUAUUAUGUUCUCUC